UUCACGUAUCGUACGUACGGGACAUCAAUCUACGAGUACUACCAGAAAGCAAUCCUCGGAUGCUUUCCAGCGGAUGAUCGAACCGUAGAAUCGAUUUCAGAACAGGACCAAACCAAACCGAACAARGCACAACCGACCGGAGCAAACACCCCCACCCACCCCACACACCUACCCUCUGUGAAGAACCAAGCCAUCCACGGGACGAUCCACCAACGAUCCAUGUCGUCGUCGUCGGUCACCGACCCCGCAACGGAAAACGAAGCCUUGGCCUUUCGUCCGUCGCCCCGGGAGGAAUGGACCCUCCUMUCGCAGGGAGCCGAGGCCCGCGUCUGGAAGCUGGAGGCCGGCCCUUCCAAAGGAAGCAGCAGCGACGGCAAUGGCAAUGGCGACGGCGACGGCCCGCGGGGGUUUCUGGUGUGCAAGGAACGCUUCUCCAAGGCCUACCGUCACCCCGACCUGGACCUCCGCCUCACCAAGAGCCGGUGCCGGUCGGAGGCCAAGCUGCUGGGMAAGUGCGCCUCCAGAUCCGCCAUUCGGGUUCCAAGGGUCGUCCGGGUGGAUCCCCCCAGCUUGUACCUSGAGUACCUGGCGGGCCCGAGCGUCAAGUCGUACCUCCAGGGGCAGCAGCGGAAGAAGAAGCAGCAGCAGGAACAGCAACAGCAACAGGAACAGCGGCAACAACAACAACAGCAAGAAGAAGAACCACCGAACGGGGAGAGCAAAAGCAGCAGCGGCGACRCAACGGCGGAAACAGCCCUGAGCGAYGCRAGGAUACCCCGGGCAGAACUGGCUCGCAGGAUGGGACAGCUCCUGGGGCGCUUGCACAACAUCGGAAUCGUUCACGGGGACCUGACCACCUCCAACAUGGUGCUCCUCCCGGCAGAAUCCAAGCCCGAGCCCAGGGACGACGACACACCCAGCGACGGCAACGGCGACGCCUUCGAGCUGGCCCUCAUCGACUUUGGCCUCUCCAAGUCCACGGACAGCUCCGAGGAACAGGCCGUCGACCUCUACGUCCUCGAGCGGGCCCUGCUGUCCACCCACCCCGACCUUCCCGGGGGAUUUUUCGAAACGGUCCUGGAGGAAUACAAGGCCACCACGGAAGGGGACCAGGCCCCCGGGGGCGAUGCCGGGAAAAGCAAGAAGCGAAAGAACCACUGCCAGUCCGCCCUGGUGCGCCUGGAACAGGUGCGGAUGCGGGGGAGGAAACGGGAGUGUUUUGGCUGAUUCGAGAAAACGAAGAACCCUCGAAAGCCCUGCGCCGCGCCGCGCCGCSCCGCCCCGCACUACGCUACACUACACCACGGUACAAUAGAAAAUAACAAACAAC